GAUGGUGCAGCAGGGAGACUCGAUGGUCCUGAUGCAGACCAGCAUGAAGCCUUGGCAGGUGGAUGCGGACCUGAGCUACUCUGGCGAAGGAUGGUGGCUGCUAAUGCUGCAGCGUGACAUCGACGAGAUGAAGGCGGAGGGUAUCCGUGUGGGGGCCCAUGUGACGCAGCUAGUGCUGCGCAUGGAGGCUUUUGCCGCCAAUGCUAUGACAUUGGCGCGUGGACAAUCGAUAGACCGCCUGGCAAUCCUGAACGCUGUCCUGCAGUCCUAUGCCAGUGAAGUCUCUGACGAAACCUCGGACAGAGCCGAUGAAUGGGCUGAAAGAUGGCAACAAUGGAUGCAGUGCUAUAUCUUGCCCAGGGGGCAUGCAAGUCUUGACGAGGAGGCCAUCAUUGUGGACGAGAGCCAGGUGGAGGAAGCGGAAGCUUCGGAGGACUUCUCGGCGCAGCAGGUCGCCGUCCUUCAGAAGUACCUCAUGGCCAAUCGCAAACGAAGGCAAGAAGAGAUUGGCCGCCGCAAGAGGGCGGAAACGGAGAGGGUGUGGGAUGAUUGGGCGAUGUUCAUUGAGUUGAACAGGAAAUCCCCUCGACCUCGCACAAGAGAAAGAACGUUUGUGGUGAAGGACAUGGUGAGGGACGUUGGGGUGCAAACUGGGCAUUCGAAUGCCUCGUCUUCUACGGAUGCUUGGAGACCCCUAGCUGGAGGUGGAAAUGUGGUGCCGGCGAAUGCGAGUAACUGCUCGAUGGUCCGGGCCAAGGAUGAGGAAACUACGGAGGAGUGGACUCCACAAAGCAAGGGGAGGAAGGCCAAGAGAGUUCAAGCGCUUCUGGUGGAAGGAGAAGCGGAGAAAGUCGACACUUGCCAGGUUGACUCGUGUGGUGUGAAGUUGGUCGAAGGGCCUGGAGCAGCACGUGAUGGUUGUAGUGGUAACUUGGUGCAAGAAGCCGCAGAAGAAGAUCGAGCUGUUCGGGCCGCUGUGGUGCAUGGCGACAUGGAGGCUUCCCAGGGUGUGGUGGCUGGCAGUGACGGCGUGAGUGCAGUAGGCGAAGCGCGGGAUGGAGAUGUGGCGCUUGCAGCCGCAGAUGGCAAUGGUCCUGUUCAUACUGCAGUGGUGGGUGGUGAGAUGGAGGUUUCCCUGAGCUUGGUGGUGGGCAUUGACGGCAUGAGUGAAGUUGGAGAUGCACCUGAUGGAGUUGUUGCGUCAAGUGCCUUGGUCCGUGAUGGUGAUGGUGCCGCUGCAACCGUGGUGGAUGAUGAGGGCGUGAGUGGGGAGACUGAAGGUAUGGCAGGUCUGAUGUUCGAGAACUGA